GCCACGCGGGGCUGGGCUGGGCUGGGCCGGGCUCGGCAGAGCCGGGCCGGGAGCUUGGAGCAGAUCCGGCCAUGGAGCCGCGGGACCCUCGCGGCCGCAGCCCCCGGGGCUCGGGCACCUGCCUGGGGCCCCUGUGGCAGGGCUGGAGGUGAGAGGCUCCGUCCUGGGCUGCCAGAGAGGGAUGGUGGUGGGACCCUCGUGGGGCGCAGCCCUGCCGCCCCCCGCCAUGCCCGCCGCCCUCCGCCUGCUCUGCGGGGUGGUGGUGCCGGCUGCCCUGCUCUGCGCCGAGCCCCUGCCCCGCCUCGCCUUCCCCAGCGGGGACCCCCGGCGGACCCUCACCCACUUCAGCCAGGACAACGUGUCCCACUACGACAUCUUCCUCCUGGAUGACAGCGAGGAGCAGCUCUACGUGGGGGCACGCGACUGGCUGCUGGCCCUCACUGUUGGCACCCCUGGCAGCAUCCGUGCCAAAGCCUCGAUAAGGUGGGGACCCACAGAUGAGAAAACAUCUGAAUGUGCUUUUAAGAAGAAGAGCCAAGAGACUGAGUGCUUCAACUUCAUCCGAGUCCUGGUGGCCCUGAACCAGACCCACCUCUACGCCUGUGGGACCUACGCCUUCAGCCCUGCGUGCACCUACAUUCAUCUGGAAAGCUUCACGCUGGCCAGUGGCAGAGGACAGUCCUUCCUGGACGGGAAGGGCCAGUGCCCCUUUGAUCCCCAGCACACUUACACGGCCCUGCUGGUGGAUGGGGAGCUCUAUGCUGGCACCAUGAACAACUUCCAGGGCAACGAGCCCAUCAUCUCCCGCUCGCUGGGCACCCGCACCCUGCUCAAGACAGACGCCUUCCUCCGCUGGCUCUCGGCCGACGCCGCCUUCGUGGCCUCCUUCAGCCUCCCUGGGGACGACAAGGUCUACUUCUUCUUUGAGGAGACAGCAGAUGAGUUCGACUUCUUUGAGAGACUCCUGGUGCCACGGGUGGCCCGUGUCUGCAAGAGCGAUGUAGGGGGGGACAAGGUGCUGCAGAAGAAGUGGACAACUUUCCUGAAGGCGCAGCUGGAGUGCUCCGAGCCCGGCCACUUCCCCUUCAACGUCAUCCACCACGCCUUUGCCCUGCCUCGCCACAACGGCAGCGCUGAUUUCUACGCGGUGUUCACCUCGCAGUGGCAGGCGGGCAGGGCGGGCAGCGCCGCCGUCUGUGCCUACAGACAGAAGGAUCUGGAGGAGGUCUUCGAGGGCAAGUACAAGGAGCUGAACAAGGAGAGCUCUCGCUGGACCGUCUACAGUGGCCCUGACAUGAGUCCUCGGCCUGGCAGUUGCUCCAUGACUGCCUCCAUGGACAAAGCCCUCAGCUUCAUGAAGGACCAUUUCCUGAUGGAUGGGAAGGUGUCACCCCUCCGGGGGCAGCCUCUCCUGGUGAAGUCUGAUGUCACCUACACGCGCAUCACAGUGCACGAGACCCGCGGCGUGCGGGGCACCCCGUACCGUGUCAUGUUCCUGGCCACAGACAAAGGUCUCCUGCACAAGGCAGUGGAGCUGCCUGGGGGUGCCCACAUCGUGGAGAGCAUCCAGCUCUUUGCAGCGCCAGAGCCGGUGAAGAACCUGCUGCUGGCACCAGGGAAGGGCAUCCUCUACGUGGGCUACUCCAGAGGCGUCCUGCAGGUCCCACUGGCCAACUGCAGCCUGCACCGGAGCUGCGCCGAGUGCGUGCUGGCACGGGACCCCUACUGCGCCUGGCACAGCCCCGGGGGAGCCUGCCUGCCCGCCCACCUCGCCACCGAGAACAAGAGUGCGUGGCUGCAGGAUGUUGAGAGGGGGAGACCGGACACCGUGUGCCACCGCGGGAGGAGCGCGGCCAUGCCCCGCUCCUGGGGGGCACCGGAGGAUCCCGCUGUGCAGGGGCUCAGCCCCCCGCUGAACACCGUGGUCCAGCUGCUGUGCCCGCGCCGCUCCGCCCUGGCCACCUACAGCUGGCAGCAGCCUGGCAGUGCCCAGGGGCACACGGUGCUGCAGCCUGACCACACGCUGGUGGUCGUCAUGCAGCAGGGAAUGGAGGGCACCUACACCUGCCAGGCCACAGAGAACGGCUACACCUGGACCGUGGCUCGCUACCAGCUCAGGGACUCUGGCGGGGCCCAGCUGGGCCGGGAGGGCCCGCCGCCCCGCUCGUACUGGUCCCAGUUUGUCACGGUGACGGUGCUGCUGGCCGUGACGCUGGCCGGGGCCGCCUGCCUGGCCCUCAUGGCCUACCGGGACCAGCUGAGAGCUCGCAGCAAGGUGAGGGGCUGCAGCACGCCCCACAGCCCCCCGGCCCGCCAGAGGGAGAAGGUGCCCCUCAACGGGGGCACCGGGGAGCCCCCGGCACCCGGGGCUGCCACCGAGGAGGAGGAGGAGGAUGAAGGCUCCCAGGCGUGCUGCCUCCAGCUCGGUGGGGACGUGGAUGUGGACAACAACAGGCUGCAUGUGCCGGCAGGGGACACGGCGUGACACUGGCAGUGGGUCAGGGAGACCCUGGGGAGGGGGGUGUGGGGAGGGGUGGACCUGUGAAAGGGUUUUUUGGUUUUGUUUUUGUUUUAUUUAAUACAUCUGUUUUAACC